GAACAACAAGACGAAGUUAUUGCGAAUAUUAGUGGUAGUCGUUCCAAGCGGCAAGCUUACAACGAUAAAACCUACCCUGGCAUGAGAUGGCCAAAUGGCGUAUCCUAUUCACUGGACGGAUCGAAAGCAAAAGCUGUCUUCAAGAAAGCAGCAGAAUUAUGGAUGAACAACACGUGUAUUGACUUCAAAGAAGACUUGAAUGAAACAGCUGAGGACCUUCUUCUUGUAUUCAAAGAACAUGGAUGUUGGGCAGAAGUUGGCAGACAGGGUGGAUGGCAGUUGCUUUCACUCGGCAGCGACAUCUGUGAAAAGGUGCUCUCUCAAAAAUUCCGUACAAGCCAUGGUGCCUUCAAUAAGUAG